AUGGAUCUUGAUGCAAUUUUGGGGACUACGAAACCUGUGGCGGUGGAUAUUCCGAGGAAGAGUGCUAUUUAUGUUUGGGGGUAUAAUCAAUCUGGGCAGACGGGUAGAAGGGAGAAAGAUGAUGAGUUGAGGAUUCCUAAACAGCUGCCGCCUCAGCUGUUUGGAUGUCCAGCUGGUCUCAAUACACGUUGGUUGGAUAUUGCCUGUGGUCGCGAGCAUACAGCUGCGAUAGCUUCGGAUGGCUCGCUUUUCACUUGGGGGGCUAAUGAGUUUGGUCAACUGGGUGAUGGAACAGAGGAGCGAAGGGAACAUCCAAAGAAAGUCAAACAAUUGGAGUCAGAGUUUGUAAAAUCUGUAUCUUGUGGUGCACAUUGUUCUGCUUGCAUUGCAGAACCUCGUGCAAAUGAUGGUUCCAUCUCGACUGGAAGGCUUUGGGUGUGGGGGCAAAAUCAGGGAUCAAAUCUUCCAAGAUUGUUUUGGGGAGCCUUCAAAUCUAACACAAUCAUUAAGCAAGUGUCUUGUGGAGCUGUUCACGCGGUUGCUUUGUCUGAGGAAGGCCUACUACAAGCUUGGGGCUACAAUGAGUAUGGUCAACUUGGCCGAGGUGUUACCUGUGAAGGACUACAAAGAGCUCGCAUUAUAAGUUCUUAUGCUAAAUUCCUUGACGAAGCCCCCGAGCCUGUGAAGAUUACCAGUGUGUCAUGUGGGGAGUACCACACAGCAGCCAUUUCAGAUGAGGGAGAGGUUUACACAUGGGGACUAGGAAGUAUGGGCCAGCUUGGACAUUCUUCACUUCAGUAUGGUGAUAAAGAGUUACUUCCAAGGAGGGUGGUUUCCCUUGACAGUAUUCUCAUAAAAGACGUCUCAUGCGGCGGUGUACAUACAUGUGCUUUAACUCAGGAAGGAGCACUUUACGCUUGGGGUGGAGGUCAAUCUGGACAGUUAGGCCUUGGCCCCGACACAGGAUUAUUCUCGUGUGUCGUCAAUGACUCUCGGACAUUUUUCCGUAACAUUCCAGUUCUAGUUGUUCCAAAAAGCGUUCAACUUGUUGCAUGUGGACAUUCUCACACACUUAUCUGUAUGAAAGAUGGUCGAAUACAUGGAUGGGGUUACAAUAGUUACGGUCAGGCAGCCAACGAGAAAUCUACAUAUGCUUGGUAUCCGUCACCUGUUGACUGGUGUGUUGGGGAGGUUCGAAAACUAGCUGCUGGUGGAGGCCAUUCAGCUGUGUUGACUGAUGCUUAUUCAUUAAAGGAGUUGUGUGAGUUUGUACUUGCGGAUAGCAUGACCUUAUCUAAUGCUGCUAAAGUUGAGGAUAUUGCAUAUAGAACUGGUUCCGAUGCUUUAGCUCGCCUUUGUGGAAGACUCAGAGAGUACAUGCUUGCCGGUGGUGCUAAUGGACAAGACGGCGAAAAGAACAGUAAAAUCUAA